AUAACAGCCUGUGUGUUCGCCAGAGCUCGUCACGUGACCCCUGGUCGUAGGCCCUGCUGUAGGGAAAGAGGGGAAAGGAAAGAUGGCGGCUGCAGGAGAGCCGGAGCGGGACGCCGGACGUUCAGUUUGAGCUUCGGCCAAAAAUCGAGUCCGGUGCUUCGGUGUGGGAGCGGCGGACACUUCGGUGGAGGGUGCCGAGGUGUCUUGCUCGGAUUUCCGUUCAGUUGAAAGCGCGGAAGGAGUAAAGAAAAACGGCUGAAAUUAAUAACAACAAUAAUAACAGUUGUUAUUAUAGAGGCAGAAAGAGGGUAAAUAAGAAGAAUGAGGGGGCGGAGAGGCAGGCUGGGAAUGCCCGGUCUUACACGGGAGGGUCCCGCAGCACCAGCACGGGGUGCCCAGGGUAGAAGGGGCAGAGGCAGCAGGGGCGGCAGAGGCCGCGGCCGGGGCAGCAAGGGGGUCACGGCGCGGGACUCGCGGGAGAUUGUGCUGGGCGCGGGGGAAGCCCAGUACAGCUCCAGGGGGCGGCGGUGGAAGUGGAAGGGGAGGAAGAGGAGAGUGGAGGCGGGCAGGGGGAGAGGCUGGAGCCGCGGCGGAGGCAGAGGGAGGCGGACAGCGGGGAAAGUGGAGUACGAUGACCGGGACAGUGAGGAGGAGGUGGGGUGCCUGCGCUCCGAGGAGGAAGAGGAGUAUGAAGAGGAGGAGGAGUUUACACGCGAGUCCGAUUAUGAGUAUGAUUACAGAGGUGAGGAUGGAGAUGGAGAUGAAGAUGAUGAUGAAGUGAUGGAUGAUGAUGACGGGCCGGAUUAUGUGGCGGAGGAAGAGGACGAGGAGAGCAUCUUGCAGGGAAACACUCCAGGUCGCAGGAGGUCACGAGUGUACCGUCCAUGUGCCCCUGUCUUUGAGGAGAAAGAUAUUCCUCCUCUGGACCUUCCCAAAACCUCAGAUGACCUGCUGAUCCCGGCGACGCACCUCCUCACUGCAAUCUCCAUCUACGAGGUGCUGAGGAACUUUAGCACAGUCCUGCGUCUCUCUCCAUUCCGCUUUGAGGAUUUCUGUUCCGCUCUGUCGGGACAGGAGCAGUGCACACUGCUGGCUGAAACACACAUAUCUCUGCUGAAGGCCAUCCUAAGCGAGGAGGACACCUCUAACACCAGCUUCGGCCCCACCGACCUAAAAGACAGCGUAAACUCAACUCUGUAUUUCAUGGAUGGAAUGACGUGGCCUGCGGUGGUGCGGGCGUACUGUGAGAGUGACCAUGAGUUCAUUCAUGUUCUGAAGUUCUUGGAUGUAGAGGAUUACCCCUGCGAACCUCUGGAGAGCAAGCUGAAAGUCCUACAGUUCCUGGUGGAUCAGUUUCUGGCCACUAACCGUGCUCGAGAGGAGCUGAUGUCAGAGGGUGUGAUCCAGUAUGAUGACCACUGUCGUGUGUGCCAUAGCCUGGGUGACCUGCUGUGUUGUGAAACCUGCUCUGCUGUGUAUCAUCUGGACUGUGUACGGCCACCCCUGAAGGCAGUGCCGGAGGAGGAGUGGCAGUGUGAGGUGUGUGUGGCGCACCGGGUUCCAGGUGUGUGCGACAGCAUUACUGAGAGCCAGAAGACCCGCCCCUACAUCAGACAGGAGCCAAUCGGAUUCGAUCGCCACCGGAGGAAGUACUGGUUUCUCACCCGCAGGGUCAUUGUUGAAGAGGAUGGAGAGCAUGAAAACAAAACCAUCUGGUAUUACAGUACAAAGGUACAGCUGGCGGAGCUGCUGGAGGUGCUGGAUAAAACGAAGUGGGAGAAGCAGCUGUACCGCACGGUGGACGAGCUUCGGGAGGAGAUCCACACACACAUGGAUAUCACAGAGGAGCUCACCAACAAGGCUCGCGGGAACAAUAAGUGCUACCUCACUGCUGCCAAUGAGGAGAUCCUGGAGCGUGUGAGGACCAGGCAGGAGGAGCAGAUGGAGGAGGUGAAGAGGAAAGCUGUAGAGGAGUUGGGGAGACUGAAGAAGGAGGAAACUCAGGACCAGCCGUCCUCAUCUAAGAAGGAGGAGCCCGACAAGCCUUCAGAACAAUCCACUCUGUGCCAAUUGGACACCGAGGAGUCUAUCUCUGCAGAUAAGUGUCCAGGUUUGGGCGUAAAUGCUGAUGAGACAGCUGAUGAGAACAGCAGAAGUAGCCUAAAGGGAACAGAUUAUCUGGACCAGGAUGAGAAGAGUGAGGGGAAAGAGAAGAGCACUGGAGAGACGCCAGCUGGAGUGAGAGGGCCGAUGACAGCCACACGCAUGGUCACUCGACUGAGGAACCCAGUCAGCAAGCUGAGUCUGCAGAAGAGCCAGCAGGUGGCAGCAGCACUACACGAUGCCAAUAGAGGAUACAAGGAGGGAAAAGAGGUUCUAGCGGUCAGCCAGCAAGUAGAAGUCUCUCGUCUGAACCCACGUAGCACCAAAGAUUUAGUCGUUAAGGGUUCGCUGGGUUCCUACUUCCGCUUGGGCCAGGAGGGCAAAUACAGAGUCUACCAGAACCAGUACAGCUCCAACGCGUUAGCCCUCAACAAGCACCAGCACAGAGAAGACCAUGACAAACGCAGACACCUGUCCCACAAAUUCUGCAUGACCCCUGCUGGAGACUUCAAGUGGAGCGGCUCUGUACAUGGUUCUAUGUCGCUGACCAUCUCCACACUUAGGCUCACCAUCAUCCAGCUGGAGAACAAUGUCCAGACACCUUUCUUACACCCCAACUGGGCCUCCCAUAGGGCGAAUUGGAUCAAGGCCGUGCAGAUGUGCAGCAAAGCGCAGGAGUUUGCUCUGGCUCUGGCUAUCUUGGAGUGUGCCAUCAAACCAGUGGCCAUGCUGCCUGUGUGGAAGGAGUCGCUGGGACACACACGGCUUCACCGCAUGACAGCGCUGGAGCGAGAGGAGAAAGAGAAAGGGAAGAAGAGGGAGAAGAAGCUGGAGGAGGAAGAAACCAUGCAGCAAGCCACCUGGGUCAAAUACACCAUUCCAAUUAAACACCAGGUUUGGAAGCAGAAAGGUGAGGAGUACAGGGUGACCGGCUAUGGUGGCUGGAGCUGGAUCAGUAAGACCCACGUCCAUCGCUUUGUGACUAGGCUACCUGGCAACACCAAUGCCAAUUACCGCAAACAGCUGGAAGCUGCUAAGAGAAAGAAGAUCCCUAUAAAGCACCAUAAAGUAAAAACUGCAAGAAGUACCAAGGCAUUGGACAGUAGUGGAGUAGAGGACGGGAAUAGGUUAAAGGUGGAUGAACGGAGAAAGGAGGAGUUGGAAGCUAAAGAAGUAAAUUCCCCUGACUCUCGACUAGCUUCUGCAGAGCAGAGAGAACGUCUUUCUGUUUCCGAAGAAGAAAAAGUUAAACAGGAGGAGGGAGCGUCCAGACCUUCAUCACCAGGCCAGAGACCAUUCUGCUACGACCUGGUGAACGUUAGUGAGGGUUUCCUGUCUCGGACAGCCUAUAAGAAGAAGGUAAAGGCUUCCAAACUGGAUGGGCUGUUGGAGCACCGGGAAAAGCAGCAGGAUGCGGAGGAGAAACGGCAGCACAAUUGGUAUAAGUCUGCCAUUGCUUCAAACCCCAAGGUUGUGAUCCAGAGGCUUGAGUUUAAAAUUGACCCUCAUGAUGGGGUGACAACUAUACGACCAGAGGUCAAACCUGAGACGAAGUAUCAGGUUACAAAGACUGCAGAGGGACUUGAGUUGUCUGCUGGCUCAGAUGCAAAGAUAGCCUGUUCUGCUUAUGGUUCUACAGAUGAGCCAAAUGGUAUUAGACAAGUUACAGAGAACAAGUGCCUCCAAAGGACUGAGGGUUCAGCAAAUGAGUUUGUAGGGCAACUGGGGACUGUUGGAGGGAGUAACUCACUUGGACUGAGCCAGUCUGAUUUAGAGACGAGUAACUUGUCGACUACGCCACUUUUCUCAAGGGACGCUGCUGAGCAGCUUGCUAGCAUAGGGAUCCAACAAACUACUGUGAGUGCACCAGCACAAACGAAUAGCUUAAAAACAUUUGGUGAGAAUGUAAGUGCGUGCAAGGAAGAGGAGAGCAAGGGAAAGACUAUUAAAGACAAAACAACAUUAAAGUCUCCUCUUUCUUUGCAAAUAAAUGGAAGUAAUGUUACAGAACCUGUUUCAAACACAGUCAUCAAGGACACCUCUUUAAAUCGGACCAGUAGUCUAGUAACCAAGAUGUCUGAUAAAGGGAUAGAGGACAAUGAGAAGGCUCUGUUCCUUAAGGAUGCUCUGAAGCCUCUGAUGAAUGGAAAUGCUCUUCUGGACGGCCAUCCAGAAAAGACAGUCAGCAUAGAAGGCACAAGGGAAAACCCAGAAUAUCUUCCCCCUCAGAAAGUGCCCCGUCUAGGGGACACUGUGGAAGAACUGGCCUUGUCCUCACCAACCAUACCCCACCCAGCCAAGGCAUUGCUUACAAUGGAUGGCAAAGAGUAUGGAAACUGCACUGAAGCCUGUAUAGAAGGGACCGAUAAAGUAUGCCAAAGGAUAAUUGUCUCAUCACCUGUGCUUUCAGCCGAAGAAUCUAGCCUUAGCAACGAUUUCACAGAGAGCAGCUGCAAUAGUGGUUCCAAAACAUCGGUAGAUACAACUGAUACAACAGUCACACAAGUUUCCACAACAACAACAACAUCCACCACCACCACAGUUUGUACAGAGUCUCAGACAGCCCAAGGCUGCAACGUCUCUAGUCUCAGCACCACAACCAAAACAACAGUGACCCACGUGACCUUGCCUGCAGCUCAAGGUCAAACAGAGCACCUUGAUGUUGCGAAGGAAACAAAGACCACCCUAACCUCCUCAUACUCGUCCCCUUCCUUCUCAGUAACGAUAAGCAGAGAUCACUCCACGCGAGAGCGGGUACGUCUGCAGGUGUUGAGCCACGUCAAAAAGCCUAGGUCGGGUACGGCCCUGCCGACCUACCGCAAGUUCUCCACCAAAAGCUGCAAGAAAAGCAUCUUCGUCCUGCCCAGCGAAGAGCUCAAAAAGCUGGCCCGGAAGGGAGGCUUUAGGGAAGUGUCUGUGUUCAGCUACAACGCCAAGCCAGCCACAGAUUUCUGGCCUUAUCCUUCUCCCAGACCCACCUUUGGCAUCACCUGGAGGUAUCGUCUCCAGACGGUGAAGUCAUUAGCAGGUGUGAGUCUGAUGUUGCGGCUGCUUUGGGCGUGUCUUCGCUGGGAUGACAUGGCUGUGAAACCUUCCGCUAAUGCUGGGACAACCCGCACAGAAACAUCUGAGACAGACAUCACCACCACAGAGAUCAUCAAGCGCAGAGAUGUUGGUCCGUAUGGAAUCCGAUCAGAAUACUGCAUCCGGAGGAUCAUCUGUCCCAUUGGCAUGCCAGAAGAGCCGAAAGAGACUCACACACCGCAGAGAAAAGGCCUUCGAUCCAGUGCUCUGCGGCCCAAACGACCUGAACCAACCAAAGUGACUGGCCCCAUCGUCAUAGAGACCUGGGUGGCUGAAGAGGAACUUGACCUGUGGCAGAUCCGAGCCUUUUCAGAACGGGCAGAGAAGGAGAAAGCCCAGGCAGCGGAACAGGCCAAGAUUACUGCUCAGAGGAAAGCUGUAGAGCUUCAGCAAAAGAAACGUCUGGAGCAAAAGCAAGCUUCUGCAAAUUCAGCAGCCAGUCCAUGUGGCGGCCCUGCCACCCCCAGCACUCCCAAAGCCGUCACAGGGUCCCUCACCAGCCAGGUCAGCCCAGGAACCAAAGUGUUACUGUCCACCAAGAUGGGCACACCAGGAACAUUCCAGCAAAACAAAAAUGUCCAGCAAGGAUUCAACACUUGGGUAAAAGGUCAAGGCCAAGUGUCCAACACUGUCACUCCAAUCUCCACCACGACGGGACAGAUGUUCCAAAUCUCUGGGAGUCCCAUGGCUGGAAAAGUCAUCACGGCAAAACUCCCAAUUCCUGCCAACAGCAAGAUCGUCACACUCAGCGUGCCCACCACACAAGGAGGUGUGCAGCAGAAGGUUGUUGGUAUUAUUCCAUCCAGCUCUACUGGCAGCCAGCAAGCCAUCGCCACAUUCCAACCCAGUACAGGCACCAUCAAUAUCAGGCCCAACACACCAGGAACACCUCCACAACAGGUAAUUGCGACUGGAGGUCAGUUAAGACCGGGGAUGACAGUCUUGCGAGCUCCCAUCCAGCAGGGGGCCACCAUGGGAAAAACUAUCCUUAGAACGCCACUUAUGGUCCAACAAGGUCAGGCUGGUCAGGUUGUGACCCAGAUACUCCGGGGGCAGCCUGCCACCCCCAGCAGCCCUCAGAACGGCACCGGAGUCGGGGAGGCGACACCCAGCCUCGCCCAGUUCACCCAGCUCACCCAGGGGGCACAGAAGCAGCAAGGAGCAGUGGUGGAGAGGCAACUGGGUGUAACGGUAAUGGUGCAGGGUCUAGGUCAGACACCAGGUCAGCUGCAGGUCAUCCCUCAGGGUGUAAGUGUGAUUCCUGGACCAGGUCAGCAGCUGAUGCAGGCUAAUUUACCCAACGGCCAGGUACAGCGUUUCCUCUUCACGCCUGCUCCAGCAUCGCCUGCUGCUAUGACCAACAUCACGCCUUCUACACCAGGUCAAACGCAGCCAUCUGCUCCCUGCCCCGCACAGCCAGCCCAACAGGCCGCAGCCCCAGUUCAGGCUGGAGCUCUGGCCCUCAAGACUCCUCCAACAACGCCUCAGGCCCAGCUGCCUCCCCAGCCACAGGCCCAGAUGCCCAUCCAGUCACCAACCCCUAUCCAGGUCAAAACCGCUCUCAACCAGGUCAAUCUAAAACAGCAACAACCUCAGCUGGCCCCCACGGUGCAGGUGAGGCCUCAGAUGCAGCUCCACCAGGGGGCCCAGCUCAUCACAGUGCCAGGGCUGCAGUUCCAGCUGCAGUCCCAGCAGGGUGGUUCACCCGGGCAGCCGGUCAAACUGCAGCUGCCCAUACACAUCCAGCAGCAGGUGGGCGUGGCAGGCACGCAGCCCCACCAGAUCCAGAAUGUGGUGACUUUGCAGACCGCCAGUGUCCAGGAGCAACUCCAAAGGAUCCAACAGCUCCGGGAGCAACAGCAGCAAAAGAAACGGCAGCAGCAGGAGGCCAAGAGGGAGCAGCAGCACCAGCAGGCCCACAGCCAGAGCAACCUGAUGCAGAAACAGGCAGUGAUGAAGCAGAAUGCAGUGAUUGAGAACCUGAAGCAGAAGAAGGCAAUGACACCUGCACAGCGAGAGGAGAAUCAGAGGAUGAUUGUGUGCGCCCAGGUGAUGAAGUGUAUCCUAGAUAAGAUUGAUAAGGAUGAGCGUCAGGAGGCCAAAAAGCGGAAACGGGAGGAGAUUGUGGAGCAGAAACGCAAUAAACAAACAGCCAGCAAGCUCUCAGCUCUGCUUCACAAACACAAAGAACAUCUCAAAGCAGAGAUCCUGAGGAAAAGAGCACUGCUGGACCGACAGCUGCAUCUGGAGGUUCAGGAGGAGUUGAAGCAGGACUUGGCUAAGAUCCAGCGUGAGAAAGCGCGAGCUCAGGCUGCUGCUGCCACCGCCCAGGUCACAGCCUCGCUGUCUGGAAACAAACGCAAGUAUGAAGACGAGAACAUGGCCAAAUCCAAGAAGAAGAUGAUGAUCUCCACUAACUCAAGAGAGAGCAAGAGGGACCCCACACUGUACUGCAUCUGCAAGACUCCGUACGACGAGACCAAGUUCUACAUAGGCUGUGACCUGUGCACCAACUGGUACCAUGGUGACUGUGUGGGCAUCACAGAGAAGGAGGCAAAGAAGAUGGAUGAUUAUGUGUGUGUUGAGUGCAAGCGCGCACAGGAGGGGAGCGCAGAGGAGCUCUACUGCAUCUGCAGAACUCCCUAUGAUGAAGCACAGUUUUAUAUCGGCUGUGAUCGCUGUCAGAACUGGUAUCAUGGCCGGUGUGUGGGGAUUCUGCAGAGCGAAGCGUCACACAUCGACGAGUACAUCUGCCCACAGUGCCAGUCCACUCAAGACGCCAUGACCGUCCUCACGCCACUCACAGAGAAAGACUACGAGGGCUUACGGAGGAUCCUGCGCUCGUUACAGGCACAUAAAAUGGCUUGGCCCUUCCUUGAGCCUGUGGACCCUGAAGAUGCUCCUGAUUAUUAUGGAGUAAUAAAAGAGCCUAUGGACUUGUCAACGAUGGAGGAACGGUUGUUGAAGCAUCAUUACAGUAAAUUGACGGAGUAUGUAGCAGAUAUGACUAAAAUCUUUGAUAACUGUCGUUACUACAACCCCAGCGACUCGUCCUUCUACCAGUGCGCUGAGGUGCUGGAGACCUUCUUCGUCCAAAAGCUUAAAGCCUUCAAAAUGGGCAGGUCUCAUAAAAACAGACUACAGUCUACAGCUUCUUAAACUACAGUACCAAUAAGCUCUUGGGUUAGUAAUUUUAUAGCCGAGGAGGUGGUGCUCCCAGAGCCGAGGCUCUGCUGCGUGCCUGAAGCUACUGAAGGGAGUGCAGCACACCAGUGGAACUCCUGCUGUUACAGGAUGUGAGGGGACUGCUCAUUAAAAUAUGGUCAGCAGGGAUAAAGAAGGAAGAACAGUGGCAGUUUUUUAUGUUGUUGUUUUUUUUGCCAUCUUCUAGAAACAUGCAUCACCCUAGUCCAACAGAAUCUUGUCUGGAUGUCAAGAUUUUAUAGGAUAUUUUUUUUACUAUGCCAACAUUUAUGGCAACAUGGCAGCAUUGUAUAGGAACUGGAAAAUGAUCUUAAAAUGUUCUCAAAUUUGCUGGGUUUUAAUGUAACAAGAUGUUAGUCAAAAAUGUGUCCAUUUCUGCUUUUCCAUUUAUCAUCAAACAAUUAUAUAGAAUGAAUUGCUUCCAUUUUAACCCUUUGAUGCUCAACAUAUACACACACCCUCUAAUGCACAACAUGGGUCAAAAAUGAUCCACAUUUAUUUCCCAUUUCUAUUAUUUGAAAUCAAUCUGAUUUAUGAUUGAAUAUUCAAUUCAGAAUUUAAAAUAUUCUUUAAAUGUCUUGUUUUUGAUCAAUACUUAUCAUUAUUUUAUUUUUUACUAUAAUUCUAUAUGAACAAAAUAUAUUUUAUAUCAUUAUAUAUUUACAUACAAUCUGUGUGUAACAGUAAGAAUCUUGGUAAGCUACUGUUAGUUUCAGAAUCUACAAAGGUUUACAGAUUCUUUUUAUUUUAAAUAGCCUACAAAUGUACUUUUAGCUAGGCUAUCAGGAGGAGAUUUAGCUAACUAAAAUAAAAUGCUAAUAAUAAUUACUUUUAACUUUGACAUGUAAACAAAAACAAGAUAUUUACUGCAUACUUGGAAUAGAAAAUGAUUAAUGAUUCGUUUAUGUCAAAGAUAUUUCUUAGAAACACACUAUACUUUAAGUAAGAGAAAAUUAAUGUGGGUCAUUUUUGACCAAUGUUGUGCAUUAGAGGGGUGGUCAUACAAAAAGUUUUUUAAUUUAAAAAGUAAGAAAUGAAAAAUAAAAUUAAAAAAUGAAUUUAUAAAGAUCAAAACGUGUUAAUUGAGGAAUACCUUGAAUACUGAAUGAUUAAAUUAAUUUAUUGCAAAAAUAUAGUAAAUUAAAACCCAUGUUGUGCAUCAAAGAGUUAAGAGGGGUUAAAAAACAAAUAUAUAAAUUAAAUAGGCAAAUACCAAAACUAUUAUUGAAAGAAAUAAACAAAACAAUGUACAAAUGAAAACAUCUCAUAUUCUCAAGAUAUGUAAAUUUUAUGAGUUGUAAAUAUGUUUUUCUUGUUUUUAUAGUUUUAAAGGAUUUCAGUCAAUUGUUUUGGCUGGUCCAUUUAAUGCUUGGAACCAGUUUUUGCCGCCAUUGGAGACAAUUUGUUUUAAACUAGGAAAACUACACGACAGAUCAGCUAUAAUAUUAAAUCCACUGUAAGGUAGGAAGUAAUUAACUUCUUAAUUAUCUUGUUCCAAUAGAAAUUGUUAAGGGGAUUUUAUAUUAGGCAGUUUUUGGAGAUACAGUGUUGGGAAAAAACAAAAUUACAUUUCUGACCGAAACCCCAUUUUGUGAACCUACUAAAAUUCACACUGUCAGGCUGCCCAAGGUUCACUGGUGCUCAUGGAGGCCCACCUCACAACUUACAGAUAGAUCUGAAAGGUUCUAAAGCUGCUAAUGCUGGUCUUGGUGCACAGUAUUACAGGACACCUUUAGAGGUCCUGAACCGGCCAGUCUAUCCUCCUGGCAACAUGGGAGGAUCUACACAAUUGUAGGUAUAGGAUGUUAGUGUCAUGGAUGCUGCUUUAAGCCUAUACACCCUCUUGUCCUUUUGGCAGCACGCGACUGAGAAAGUAUUGGCCUUCAUCCAGGCUGGGAAACAAAAUAUGUAUGUAGUUCUGUUCUAGUUAUUUUUUACACUGAUUUUUUUUUUUUAUGCUGAGCAAACCUAGUUUGCUCUCAUUUCCAGGCAUUAGCUUUUUUAACCUUUUAGCUGAAGACAUUUCGAAGAGUUUUGAGCAGUGAAACCACCCAGUAGAGGCCUAGUCAUAGACUACGUUUUCCAUUAAUGGAACAUUUCCAUUCAAAUUCCUGUGUAAUUCAAGGCUAGGCUUAACCCUGUUUGGGGAAAUGGGGAAAUUGACCCAUCAAGUCCCCCCGAAUAGGAAUGUUCUUCAGGAAGGGCCGUCCUAAAAUAGCUUUAAGCUUUAAUUAACCCUUAAUGUAAAGAGAGCAUCAGGUCACACAGCUUUUCCUCCUUCGGUCCCCACAACAUCCGGAAAUCUGAAAAACAAAUAUUUUAUGGUCUGAGCAUGUGGCUCACUAGGACAGUGCUGGUUUUUCUCCUUAAAUGCUGGAUAGUUGGAGGUUUUGGGGCAUUUUUGACAUGUUUGAGGCUUUAUAAUAUAAAAUUCACUGCAAUUUGUCAUGUCAGAAUUUCAAGAGCUUGAGAUGUACUGAUCCUGCCUUGUUCUUCUAGUUACUGUUUGUUUUAUGAGUUCAGAAAACCCUAUAGUUCCACUAUACAGAUUGUACAUCAUUUGAUUCUGUUCUGUACCGUAGUAGUUAUAGUUUUUGGGUGUAACCCUUUUGUUUGUCACAGAGUUACAAGAGAAAGGGGUAAAUUUCUCCCCUUAAGAAUUGGGACAAACCUUCAAGAAUCAGCUAGCUAUAGCAGUGCAGUGCUGUAUUUUAGCAACCUAGCUGCUGAUUAACUAUUUAACUUAAGAACAUUGUAUGUCUACAGAAAGGGGACAUGUAAUGCAGCAAUUGUUAUUGCUUUUUAUGUCCAUUUCUUAAUUCCUCUAAAAUGGGGGGCUUUUAUUUUAGGUUAUUUUUCUGUUCCACCUUAAAUGCUGCUGUCUGUUGCAUUUAAUGUGGAACAAGGAAAUUAGAUUGCUAGCUAGCUAGCUACUGAGAUUAACUACUUGUGAUUUUGUAAAUGCUUUUAUAUAAAGAAAAAAUCAAUAAAACAUGAAAACUACACAUUAAACCCCAGCCUAACAAGAAUCGGGACACCCUACCCCAAGAUGGGCAUGCACAAAACAGAGCGGUAAAGCUAAGUGGUAAAAUAGGAUUGGGUAGAAACAACCAGUGGACUCCAUUAUUACUAAUAUUAUGGUAGUAUCACUUCUAGCUUCACCGUCCAAAUAUAUUUAUCCAAGAGCAGUUCCUUGGCCAGAAACUGACCACUGAUGAAAAGAAAGAGGGUGGUUAACCAAAACUCAGCAGCAAAAGCAGCAAAUGUUCUACAGUCAGUGUAGAAGUUAAGUUACAAGUUAGUGGUUUCUCAUAAAGUGACCAGUGUGUUUAAAUACAGAAACCAGGAAGUAAACGUAUGAUAAGGUGUGUGACCUGACCUAGCUCAUCAAUCCAUUUAAUUUAAUUAUAAACUUAAAAAAAAACUAGGUGUUUCAAGUGGUUUCAUAGAAGAAUGACUUUUCGCUCAGUGAAGCUCCAUGAAAAAGAUUCUUCACACUCACAUCUCAAUUACAAACAUGGUUCUUCAUGGCAACAAAAGUUGUUCUUUUAUGUCGUAGCUCAAAGAACACUUCAAAACACCUUUAUUUUUGAGAGUAUAUCUAGAUAAAGCUUAGAUUAUUUAUGUUUUUUUGCAUUGUUAUGUUAAGAACACCCUUGAAGGACCUGGUGCUCUUAUGUUGCAUCAUUUUUGGGAUGAUUAUUUUACAUUUGGUGAAAUGACCCUUUGUAUUAAACUGCUGCAUAUUGUGGGCGUAGUGAUUUAGAAGGAUGGGAAAAAAGUUCUCCAAAGCAUUUUGUAAAGGAAAAUAAACUCAGUGUCAUUAUUCUGUAUAAUUUAUUCAUCAAUUCUGAUGGACACUGCAUUUAUGAGUAAGGUUUAAUGACUUUGGAGGGAAAUAUCUAUGUUUUUAACAGAUUGUUGCUCUUAAGGUAUCUUUUUUGUACUUGAUAGGACAUUUCAUCCUAGGGAAUAAAAUAAUGAUUUUCACAGCAA